UCCGGUCUGGGGAAGUAAAGGGCAGGGGACCGCAGGGACAGCGAAGGGAGCUGGCUGGAUGCAACUACCCGAGCCCGGGGGCGUAGAUCUAGCGCUGGGCGGGGUCUCUGGCGAGGCGGGGCCUCUGGCGGGGGCGGGGCCGGUUUGCGGGCCCAGACGUGGCGCAGCGGCCGGGUGGUUCGCCUCCAGGCUACGGAUCGUUUUCUGCCAGGUAUCAAUGGGCCUCCUACUGUCGCCGCCGCUGCUAUUGCUGCUGCUUGUGGCGCUUGUGGUCCCAGCCACUGCCGUCAUCAACUAUCGGCCGAACUGGGACCGUCUGCGUGGCCUGGCCCGGGGCCGGGUAGAGACCUGUGGAGGAUGACAGCUGAACCGCCUAAAGGAGGUGAAGGCCUUCGUCACCGAGGACAUUCCAUUGUACCACAACCUGGUGAUGAAACACCUCCCUGGGGCGGAUCCCGAACUCGUACUGCUGGACCAUCGCUACCAGGAAUUAGAGCGCGUCCCGCUCAGCCCCAUGACCCGAGAAGAGAUCAACGCGCUGGUGCAGGAACUGGGCUUCUACCGCAAGAAGUCGCGCGACGCGCAGGUGCCCCACGAGUACCUGUGGGCUCCCGCUAAGCCCCCGGACCACGCUGACCUGUAGGUCCGAGGGCACGGCGGAGCUGGAGCCACCCUAUCUGAGCCCUGAAGACCGAAUGAAGUGCUCAGCAUCCCGGGAGCAUCUCCCUUGCUGAGGACCGAUGCCCGUCUAACCGGCAGGAAUAGGGCUGGGGAAGUCUCUUACCUCUUCCUCCUUUUCCAGCUCCACUAAAUACUCUCACACUUAA